CCUGAUCAGGUUUGGAGUCAGACUCAUAGACUGUAUAAGACAGGUCAGACUGCGGAAGAAGAUCUUUAUUUUUUUUUAUUUGUGUUUUUAACUCAACGCUUCACUUCCUGUCAGGACGAACUGAGGCUGUUUCUACUUUUCUCUUCAACACGUGGACAAGCAGCAGAGACGAUCAGCUGUGAUGGCAGAACCAGAGAGGGACGCCACAGACCCGACUGAGACGGAUCCAACUUUGGCUCCAGCCCCCAGUUGUUCCAGUUUAACCACUAAGGAGCUGCAGCAGAACCUUAGGGCAGUGAAGCAGAGAGAGCGACCGGUCAGGCUGCUGUUUGAGAUCCCGUCCUUUCGUAUUAUUGAGCAGGCUCUGUCUAAAUAUGUGGUCUAUGAGGUUGUGGUCAUGCGUUCAGGCAGCUUUGAUUCCCACCGUGUUUCUGUUGAGCGCCGUUACAGUGACUUUUCCCGCUUCCACCACAAACUUCUGGAGGAGUUCAGCGAGGAGCUGGAGGAGGUGCUUCUCCCCCGCAAACUGCUGACCGGGAACUUCAGCCCUGACGUCAUCUCGGAGCGACGUCUGGCGCUGCAGGACUACUUGGCCAAGCUGUUCUCCGUCCGCUGCGCUCGACACUCGCCUCACUUCUCCGGGUUCUUCACGGAGCAGGAGCAGAGGCGGGCGCACGGCCUGCUGCGGGCCGGGCAGUUUCAGCCGGCUCUGGAGCAGCUGCAGAGCAUUUUAGAGAUCCAGGAGAAGCUGUUACCGUGGCAGAGACCCACCCUGGUCGUACCCACACUCUCCGCCCUCGCUGUCUGUUACCGGGACCUGGAGCGACCGGAGCAGGCGUUUGCUGCGGCUCAGAGGGCUCUGCCUCCGGUCCGACGGUACGGGCUGAGACGCUACAGGGCCCCUCUGCUGGGCCUGCUGGUGGAUCUGGGAUAUGAGCUGGGACGUCCUGUGGCUCAGUUACAGGAGGAGCUGACUGCACUGAGAGACUCAGAGAGAGGAGAGGUGUCCUCCCGCUCUCUGAAGGAGUUAGUGGUCCAAGAGUUUAUCUGAGGGCCAUACGGGUCCUUCGAGGCUGGAUUACCAACCAGGCAAAGUGGGAAACUGCUCAGGGGCUCCAGACCAUGAGGGGCCGUUCCAGCACAGGAGGUCUGGAUGCUCUGGACUCGAUGGGGCCCUUUAAAAGGCUGAUCCAGCCCCGAGGUGCUCAGAAACCCUGGAGCUGAACCUCCAGACUGUGGACUGUGGCCUCAGCUUCCUUCAGUGCUCUCACACAGUCCACCUGUACCAGGUUUCUGAGGUUCGGCCUCUGCUGGCGUCAGAAAUGUGUCUGAGCUCAGAGAGACAGAGGAUCAGGAUCAGCUCUGAACGUAAUGAGGUCCAGUGUAACACCAUCACUGACCACCAGCUCAAUGAUGAAACACAGGCUUGGAUUCACACUGAGAGUCCUUCAGUGUUUAGUAUUGAUUAUCUGCUGAUAUUUAUGAUUACUUGAAUAUUGAUCAGAUCUGAGACAUGUUUUUCACCUCAGUCUCGUGUCACUGGCCUGGACCUGCACAGAUCUGAAGUGAGCACAGUCAGAACUUUAAAGGAACAACGCAGUCAGUGACUAAAAUCUUUGAACUGAAGCGAAUCAAAUGUUUCUAAUGUGCAAAGUGAUCCAAAUGUCCCAACAGCACUAUCCUCUGCAUCUACACGAACACCUUUCUGUUCUGCUCGUGUAAGGAAGUAAAUAAAAAAAGGUAACAAAGCCGUGCUGCCGGCUCUGCAGAGGAACCUGUGUGUCAAUCUGCUGCUGCACUUUC